UGGAGAAGGGACACUAAAGCUUGCUCCGCUUGCCCUUGGAAGUGUUUGCUUGCGGGCCGGUGAGCCGCCAUGGCAGGGCCGGUAAAUGGCGGCGGAGCCAAGGCUCUGGACCUUCUGCGUUCUCUGCCGCGUGUCAGCCUAGUCAACCUGAAACCCAGCCCUGGCUCCAAGAAACCGGAAAGACAAAGAAGAGGUCGGAGAAGAGGUAGAAAAUGUGGCCGAGGACAUAAAGGAGAAAGGCAGAGAGGAACCAGGCCUCGAUUAGGAUUUGAGGGAGGUCAAACUCCAUUUUAUCUUCGUAUUCCAAAGUAUGGAUUUAAUGAGGGACACAGCUUUAGGCGGCAGUACCAUCCCUUGAGUCUCAAAAGGCUACAGUACUUGAUUGAUUUAGGUCGAGUAGAUCCCACCCAACCUAUUGAUUUAACCCAGCUUGUCUAUGGAAGAGGUGUGACAAUUCAGCCACUUAAAAGGGAUUAUGGUGUACAGCUGGUGGAAGAGGGUGCCGACACCUUUAAGGCUAAAAUUAAUAUUGAAGUACAGAUGGCUUCAGAGCUAGCCAUAGCUGCAAUUGAAAGAAAUGGUGGUGUUAUUACUACUGCAUUUUAUGACCCAAGGAGCCUGGAGAUUCUCUGCAAACCUGUUCCAUUUUUUCUUCGUGGACAACCUAUUCCCAAGCGAAUGCUCCCACCUGAAGAAUUGGUGCCAUACUAUACUGAUGCUAAUAACCGUGGCUACCUGGCAGAUCCAGCCCAGUUUCCUGAAGCAAGACUUGAAUUAGCCAAGAAAUAUGGUUACAUUUUACCUGAUAUCACUAAGGAUGAACUCUUCAAAAUGCUAAGUACUCGAAAGGAUCCAAGACAGAUUUUCUUUGGUCUUGCUCCAGGUUGGGUAGUAAAUAUGGCAGAAAAAAAAAUUCUGAAACCUACAGAUGAAAACCUUCUUAAAUACUAUAGCUCAUAAAACUUAGAGAAAAAAAUAAUCUCAGGAAUGUUGGGAAAAAAAACCUAGAAUGCUCAUAUUUUCUUGUUUCAUUUUCCUGUUCCACAACACUCAUAAUGUUGGGUCCUGGGUUUUGGCAUGCUGUAUUUUUCCUUCUUUUUUUUUUUUUAAAGGUAAAAUCAAAAUAAAAUGUCUGUGAGAAACCGUAUUGGACAAAACUUAAAAGUCUGUGACAUAAGACAUACAAACCCUGUUUUGCAGAAUAGAUUUUGAAGAUCAGACAUGUAUCCCAAAUGCUUUUAAGCAAUCAGAAGAAAUUGUCAGAAAUUUUCUUGUGUCUCCUUUGUCCUUUUUGCCACUUUUCACUAUUAUGUAUUAGAGAGUGUGUUUAUGUCAAGUGUCAUUGUCCCAUAGGCUGAGUAGGGUUCAAGCACCUGAAAGAGGGAAUAGGGCUCUAUUAGUCUCUGAAAUAAAUUUCAGCUCUAGCAACUGGAGAUCAAAAUUUGAGUUUUAUUUAGAAAAAUUCUGAUCAUUUUAUGAGUUGAUUGAUUAUAUACUAGUGUGCACAGUAUUUGUGGAAAUAUUUUUUAAUGAAUUAUUUUUCUUACUCACCUUAAACCUUUUCAUUGCUGAUUGAGCUGCAGCAAAUUUUAAGUGAUAGAACAGAUAGUAAAUGUAAAGACAGUGCAAAAUUAUUGAAUUUUUUUAUUCAGUAUACUGCUCAUUGUCUAAAAAUGACAGCAUUCUUGAAGUGUAACUACAUACUCAUCUGGAUUUUUCAGAUAUGGGAAGUACUUUGUCAACUUGGAAGUUGAAAAAAAAGGCUGAAAUAAGAAGAUGCUCUAAUGCUUUCUAUUAAAGAGAAUGGAAACUUAAAA